AUGGAAGGUCAUCAAUGUCCAGUUGUAAUACCAAUAGAUUCGGAAUUGAAGGUGCUACCUGUAGCCCAGCCGGGUAACGAUACGGAGCUUACUACUAUCAAGAUCAGGAAGUCGAUUGGUCACGGUGCCUUUGGGCGAGUCUAUAUUGGUACGAUUAACCAAUCUCGCACAGCGAUGGCCAUCAAGCAAACCUGCAUGGAUACGUCCAUCAGCUAUCGCGAACCGGAGAUAAUGCUCCGGCUGCAGGGCCACUGCAACAUUCGGCGCCUACACAUGCACUCGAUCGUACCGAUGGGGGACCCGUCAAAAGAUUACAUACUACUGGUCAUGGACUACCUACCCAUGACCCUGACGCAGUUCAUACGCCACUCGUUGCAACAUAGCCCUAGCAUGGACCUGAUCUACAUUCGCAUUAUCUCCUAUCAACUCUUCCGUGGACUGGCCUAUCUGCAUUCCAUGGGGUAUCUGCCAUCGCGACAUCAAGCCCGAGAAUCUGAUGAUCAGCGACCCCUCACCUACAUCUGUUCGCGUUUCUAUCGCGCCCCGGAACUGUAUGCCAACUGUCAGUUCUACGGCAGCGCUGUGGACAUCUGGAGUGCCGGCUGUGUGCUCGCCGAACUGUUCAAGGGAAAACCCCUCUUCAACAGCGUCUAUCACAAUCAGCAGCAGCUGCGCUGGAUUGUUCACAUCCUGGGCCCCAGCGGUCUGCAGCAUGCCCCAGAGAUCCGUGCCAUGUGGGGGUGUACAUAUAAUGCAACUUCCAUGCAUACACGUCACUCCUGGGAUAAGAUUCUAGGCCGGGCCGUGCCACCCGAUCUGGCCGAAGUGCUAAACUGCUGCCUGGUGUACGAUCCCAACGCCAGGAUCUACCCCUUGUACGCCUGUGCCCAUGCAUGCUACGACGAGCUGCGCAACAUGGAGUUCCUGGACAUCAAAAUGCCAAACGGCUACGAUUUGCCGCCACUGUUCAACUUCAGCAAUUACGAGUUGCAGAUCCAUCCAGAACUGUUGGUGCAACUGCUGCCCCUGUGCCUGUACAAUAAGUAUAAGCCAGCCGAACCCAACACCGUUAUUGGAACAUUUACAAAAUAUUUUCCCGUUAAACCAAAAAAUGGGACCACGACUUAA